ACGUGUAUUUUGUUGGUAGACUGAAAAAAUCCUAUUUAGCGUCAUCCAAGUUUUCAAAGCCGGAUGUCAUUUCACCGCAACUUGAACAAUUUUACCGACAUUUGUGACAUUUAGUUGGUAGGUGAUUUUGCAACGGUGUUUGACGAUGGCCGGAGAAAUGUCUAUGAUCGGUUCUGUUAUUCUGGCCCUAUUCCUGGCCGGUUACCUGGGUCAGCAGUACCUGCCGCCACCCAAACCCAAAGUUAUCGGCCUGGACUUGGGCACCACCUUCUGCUCUGUCGGCGUCUUCCACCCGGGUAGCGGGGAUGUGGAGGUGAUAGCAGAUGACGAGGGGAGGAAGAGCAUCCCCAGCGCCGUCUCCUUUACCACCACCGUUGUGCUGGCAGGGCACGAAGCUGUGGACCUGGCCGACAGCAACCCUCAAAACACCGUGUACGAUGCCAAGAGGUUCAUUGGGAAGAUAUUUGAGCCACGUGUUCUGGAGCAGGAGAGUUCUAGAUACCCGUUUAAGGUGGUAAACAACAAUGGAAGUGCAGAGUUUGUCAUCUCCACCAACCAUACCUUUACUGUAAGCCCAGAGUUUAUUGGCUCCAGGCUGCUGCUGAAGAUGAGGAAGAUGGCAGAGCAACAGCUGGGUGUACUUGUCCAGAAGGCCGUCAUCUCUGUACCUGCAGAAUUUGAUGAGAGACAGAGGAACUACACUGUCAGGGCUGCUAACCUCGCUGGCUUGGAAAUCCUGCGUGUGAUCAACGAACCCACAGCUGCUGCCAUGGCCUAUGGCUUGCACAAGGUGGAUGUGUUUAACGUGCUGGUGGUGGACCUUGGUGGAGGAACCUUGGAUGUGUCUCUGCUCAACAAACAGGGAGGCAUGUUCCUCACCAGGGCGAUGGCAGGAAAUAACAAACUGGGAGGUCAAGACUUUAGUCAGAGGCUCCUCCAGUACACGGCAGAGCGAGUCCGACAGGAGUUUGGUGUCCCACCCACCCUCAAGGAAGACAUCCACCGUCUCCGACAAGCUGUGGAAGCCGCUAAGCUCAACCUCACUCUGCAACCCAGUGCCACAAUCAGGGUGCCACUGCACCUUCACAUCCACAUCGACUCUGAGUCACCUGAGCGCUCCACUCCCUCCCUGGUUCUCUUCCAGGCUGAUAUCACUCGCAAGCUCUUUGAGGAGCUCAAUGAGGACCUUUUCCAGAAGAUUCUGGCCCCUGUUGAGACCGUGUUAGCAGAAGGCCACCUAGAGAAAUCAGACGUGGAUGAGAUUGUCCUGGUUGGAGGGUCCACCAGGAUACCACGGAUCAGAAUGCUGAUUAGUGAGUACUUUGGGAAGGAGCCCAAUACAUCAGUAGACCCUGACCUGGCUGUGGUUACAGGUGUGGCUAUUCAGGCUGGCAUCAUGGGUGGCUCCUGGCCUUUACAAGUGAGCGCUAUAGAAAUACCCAACAGACAUCUGCGCAAGACGAACUUCAGCUAAUCUCUCAUCAAGAGUAUCAACAUAGAAGGAACGACACAGAGGUUUGACACUGAAUAUUAACAGUUUCAUGCUUCUCAGAUGUCCUAAAUUUUAACAUCUUCUGCUGGGGAAAAAAAAUGCACAAAACAAAGCGCCACCUAAACGUUUACAAGCUAGACUUGCUGGUUGUUCAACUCAUCUAAUGCUUCCUCCUUGAUUGUGAAAAGUGGCGGUAACAGAAACGUAUUGAAACAUUCCUCCGACAGUGACUGAGAACAUCUGCAGACAUAGUAACAUACUGAUUAAGCAUGACAGAGAAGCCUCUCUGUCAUGUUAUCUGCUGCUUCAGCCAUGAUGCUUAGUUAAGGUAGAUGCUUAAAUGUUGUUAAAUUCAGGGAACAACCACUUGUUUAAAAGACUUUAAAACUGGCCAGUAUUUCUUCAGCUAUUUAUUUAUUUAUUUCUGUUAACUGAAUGAGUCUCUGUAAAUGUGGAUGUGUGCAGGUGUUUUGCAGACCUAUAGUCUUUCCAUUACAGUGGCUUGUGCCUUAUGAAAAGCUGCUAUAUUGUUUUAAAGUGAAGUGAACAGACUAGUGGUUCAAUCAGAGGCCUUUGAUAAGCGCCUUGCAAAGCUUUGUGGAGUAUUUUUGUGUCUACUGGGACAAAGAGAGACCCUAAGUUUAAAUAUAUAGAUAUACACAAUUAAUUUUCAAUCAGCGUCACUGCAAUAUGGACUCAUUACCUUAUGAAUGAAGUAUUCUGGUGAGGAGUCGCCAGCCAACAGAUGAGGAUGCACACUGGAGAGAGCCUUAAUGUUCACACAGUACUUUAGCGUCAUGGGUACAAUACUGAUUGAAGUAUUUGCUUCUUAGAGAGAUGCUUAGUGUUGUGCAAUAUGGAAGUUAAUUUCAAUUUCUGUUCCAAAGUUCUGUAUCUUUGGAAAAGGAAAAUGUAAGAUCCAGAACUUUGUAUCUCUUUUGGUUCAGUAAAAAGUUUCCCAGCCUUUUUUUUUCGUUUGUUUUUUGCCAAAUGUUAUGUCAUAAAUAGGUGUAUUUACACCUAUUGUUUUAUUUCUCACAUUUAAACUGAAAUCUUGAUCUAUUACAGUAUUUAGUAAAAAUACUAUAUAAAUUGAUGCUGGAUUUCAAUGUUUUACUCACUGUCAGAGUCUCACUAAAUCUCGACAAAGAAGUUCAACUAUUGUAAUUUGCUUUUCAAACUAUUAAAAUUCCAAUUGUCUUUGUACUUUGAGAAGACAAA